CCAUUACUUCUCUUAGCCAAUGUAGCCAUACCGCCAGUUUUAGUUGUAGCUUCAUAACAAACGAAGACACUUGGAAGAAUCCAGAAAAUUGCAAGUGAUGCGCCCAAAUGCAAGAUGUCUUACAACUCUGCUGGACAGGACCUCUUUGUAUCGACCAUCUCCAAUAACCGUAGCUCAGUUAAUUGAGUUCGGGAAGAAGCGAAAUGAGUCCCUCAGCUAUGGUUUCCUUCACCAAGAGCUUCCAAUAAGAAUAUCGCAUAUGGUGAAAGAGCUUCACUUCCUACCAGAGUCAUUACUGGAGCAGCCUUCAGUCAAACAUGUGAAGGACAUGUAUAUUAAAACUUUUGAGGAUCUGGCUGAAUUUGAUCCAGGCGGCACGUACGACGAACAGAAUCUUAGCAAAUUUAAAAGAAGACUAGAAGAAAUCAAGAGGAGGCAUCAAACUGUUGUAGAGAUCAUGGCAGAGGGAAUACUUGCGUUGAAAAACGAAAGUGGCUCAGAUAGAUUCGACCCUUCCAUCAAUUAUUUCUUGGACAGGUUUUACACCAGCCGGAUAGCUAUCAGAGUUCUAAUAUCUAAUCACUUGGUGCUGUUCGGGACAGAGGAAGAAUGUCCGGGACAUUAUGGUAUCAUAGACCCCUCUCUGGAUGUCCAGGACAUUGUUGACGAUGCAGCAAGCAGUGCUAAGUAUCUCUGUAAUCAUCAUUAUGGGGACUGUCCUGAUGUUAAGAUCAAUAUUUUCAAACAGGACGGAUCGAAGGAUGACGAAAUCUCAGUUGUUUACAUCGCUUCUCACUUACAUCACAUGGUCUUUGAACUUAUUAAGAACGCACUGAGGGCGUCAGUUGAAAAUCCGUUCACCGGAGAAAAGCACCCAGUUCAAAUUUGCAUAGUUCAAGGGAAAAAAGACAUCAGUAUUAAAGUGUCUGAUAGAGGCCGAGGAAUUCCUAUGUCUGAGCAGGACCAACUAUUCGACUACCAUUACUCAACAGCCCCAGAGCCAGAGAAAGACUCGAGAAUACCGCCCUUGGCCGGCUUUGGGUACGGAUUACCCCUUUCUCGGCUGUAUGCCCGGUACCUGAACGGUAACAUUCGGUUAGUGAGUGUGGAGGGAUACGGGACUGAUGCUGUUAUUUAUCUACAGAAUUUAUCGGAGAAUGCCAGCGAAGUUCUGCCUCUGUUCAACAAGACGAGUCAGGCGAAGUAUCAGAUUGGAACCAUGGUUCAAGACUGGAAUGUCGCCGGCAAAUCACGACCAAUCUGGUCAUAGACGUAAAACCCUCGACUGUAGCAAGACCAUCGCUAAAAAUACCUUCUCCCUUCUCAACGAACUGAAAGUUUGCUAAAAUAACUAUUACUGCACGAUAGGAACCAGAUUUUGUUGAUUUUAUUUCUGCUAUCCACCAAAAACCGACAGAAAGAUCCUAUCUGAAAACAUAGCUAGAGGGUACAAUGGGCUGAUUGGCAUCUGAUGUGGCUCUUAUUAUCACUGUUUAUAUUAAAGCUUAGCUCUGAAAACUAAAGUUGGUUAUAUGUUCUGGUCCUUUCAAUGAAAAUAUGAACAAAGUUUGAUCAACAUUAGCCUGGGUAAAAAUUUCUUUACAUUUUUAAUAUCCAGGAAACCACAGUCACCAACAUGCAGCCAACUUCAACCAAUGAUAAUAACGACUGAAGUUCAGUGAAGUUGGCUUUAUGUUGGUGUCAGUAAAAUGUAGUCCGUACGUUUAUUAAUACCUGUUUAAAUAUGGUUGUAAGUUAUUCUGCCACUUCCAGGCCUACUCCACAGAAUUAAUCUGUUUGGUCGAUAUCUUGAUCCUUAGUACGAUCCUUAGUAUCCUUACGAAUCCUUAGUACGAUUUUAGAAUUUAGAUUCCGUGAUUUUUAGUAUAGCAAUGCAAAGAAAAUUUUGGUGCAUUAGCAAGUUUUACAUCAAAAUUAGUUCCGUUCAUGCAAAAUUAACUUUCUUACUUUAUAAUGAUUUAACUGAAACACUUUGAUCGUUCCAUGUUAAAAUAUAUUACAAAAUUAACUUUGAUUAAAGGAUUGCGAAAAUCCUGUAUGAUUCAUUCUCGAUUUUAGAUACUGGACAGUUUAUUACAAACGUAGGUUCGAUUUGUGUGUAAAUUAUUUUAAUUUAGCAUGACUAUUAUCAGAGAUUUUUCAAUUACGUUUUGUGACUUUUUAAGCUGACCAAAGGUAAAAAACUGUGAUGUCAAGACCACUUCUGCAAUAUGUUGUGCUAAAAUCUUACACAAGAUGGAACCAAUAUAACAAGAAACGAAUUUUUGAGGUUAUUGAUUGGAAACGUUUUCACGAAGCUUGUUGAAAGUUGUCAUUGGGAAAUGGUAUGGCAACAAGUGCAUAUUCUCAUAAUCAUUGUAAACUGAUUCCCAGUUAAUUACUAGUUUUGAAAAUUGUUGCUAUGUAGGUGACAUGUUCGUCUCUUUAAAGUUAAAACAAUUAAACAAGUGUAGGGUCAUAUUAUAUUAUAAAAAUAAAACAAAGUUUUUUUUCAAGCAUAUUCCGUUUUUUAAUUUCCUUUGUGUUUUGGCGUAUGAUCAAUUCUGUUUAUCUGUAGUUCAUUUCACAAAUCGAGCCAAUUUCAGGAGAUUUGUUAUAAAACGAUUCUUAGAUUGUAAUUUAUAGAUUUUAGACAAGAAUGAUAAUCAAAUUUAUCGAUAUUGAUUUAUCACA